AUGAGUGCCGUUGAACACCAUUUACACGGUGUACCACCGCCAGAUGAGGAAGAAGUGCUGCUGAGCAAAAUAGUGUUUGGAGACACCGCUGGAUUUCAUGAAAGUCUGUCAGAGCUACGGCAUUUGGAUGAAGGUUUUUCAAAUAAUGACGGUGGUGAUGCGCUGCUGGAUGCAGACGAAGAAGAUGAGGAGGAUGAGAGUGCGGAAGCCGAUAUGGAUCGCAUGAACGACGACCAACUCUUUUUUGUGGACGAUGGAACCGAAGGCGAGACCGCCCAGGACGAUCAAAUGUCAGUGGAUGAUGAAAAUUCGGAAAGUGAUACAGAAGAGGAAGUGGGAGAAAGUAGUGAUGCGUGGUCCGACUCAGACGACGAUCGUGUGGAAGUGGCUAUCACAGCCACAAACAAGACCAAGAAACUGCGCACUUCUUACAGCGAAGGCCACAUCAGAGGCCGUCAUUACGUGCAGCGUCUGAGGUCGCAAUUCGAAAAAAUAUAUCCAAGGCCGAAAUGGGUCGACUCUCUGAGUGACAAGGAUUCAGACGCAGAAGGUUCGGGCUCCGAUAAUGAAGAUGACGUCGAACAAGUCAUCAACGGCGACGUGAGUGCGCUUUCCAAGAUUUUACAAAGCACAUACGUGUACCAGGAUCCUUCGAACCGUUUGCUGCCGCCAAAAGUGCUUGAUAUUACACGACUCAAAGAUGCGAACGCCGUCCAUCCUUCUCGCUCAGCUGUGCAGUCGCUCUCUUUCCAUCCACUGAAACCACUGUUAUUGACAGGAGGGUACGAUCGUACUCUCAGGGUAUACCACAUUGAUGGCAAAAACAAUCAUCUGGUCACCAGUUUGUAUCUAACAGGAACUCCUGUUCAGACAUGCACAUUUUACGUGACCCCUUCGCAUCAAGAACAAAAAAUACUUACCGGUGGCAGACGCCGUUAUAUGCAUUCAUGGGACAUCUCUUCUAGCAGCGGUGGCCAACAAACUAAGAUCGAAAAAAUAUCGAGACUAUAUGGGCACGAAGAGACACAAAGGUCUUUUGAAAAUUUCAAAGUGGGCCAUUUGUGCGGCAAAGCCGAGAAGCAUGGUAUUAUUCUACUCCAAGGUAAUAACGGAUGGGUGAACGUGCUACAUGCUACCACAGGUGUCUGGCUGACCGGUUGCAAAAUAGAAGGCGUACUGGUGGACUUUUGUUUGGACUAUAAGCCCCGAGUCAAGGAUACCUUCCAAACAAUUUUAAUAAUGGUCAACUCUUAUGGUGAAAUAUGGGAAUUCGACCUGACCAACGGCGGUGAAGUGCUUCGCAAAUGGAAGGAUGACGGCAGUGUGGGUGUCACCACGAUUCAAGUGGGAGGGGGGAACAAUUCAACCCAACUCUUACCUUUCAAAAAAGUAAGACAAAACAGAUGGCUGGCCAUUGGCAGUGCUAGUGGGUAUGUGCAUGUUUAUGAUAGAAGCACCACCAAUGUCGAACCCAUUGCCAAAUUAGAUCAAUUGACGACAUCGGUGUCGUCUUUGGCAUUCUCCCCCGACGGCCAGAUCCUAUGCAUUGCUUCUCGUGCCACCAAAGAUGCCCUGAGAUUAGUGCAUCUACCCUCUGGCAAAGUAUUUGCAAAUUGGCCCACAAGCGGUACGCCUCUGGGGAAAGUCACAAGCGUUGCAUUUUCACCUCGUGGCGAAUUGUUUGCCGCCGGUAACGAACAAGGAAAGGUGAGACUAUGGAAGUUGAAUCACUACGGCUGA